ACAGAGUUGACCAGUCAUGGGAGGGGUGUUCGCCCCAAAAUAAUAAGUAAUUGUUAUCGUUUGGGCGAAACUUUCGGUCGUUAUGGCUUGUAGUACAGUAGUAUCCAGCAUGGUUUGAUUUCAGUGCUGGAUACGAUAUUUAACGGUGUACAGGUAUUAGUGUUACCUUUUUAGGGGAGCGAUAGUUCAUUACUAGUAACAAGCACGGGGAAUCAGUGAAGCAGAUGUGAACAUUGUGGAGCCUUCUUACUGGGUCAGACCAUUUUCGAACAUAGCAGAUUUAUAUUUAAAGAGGGACUUUAAAUCUAAGCAGGGUUAUGAUUGACAUAGCGUAGCGGGUGACCUCAUCACGGUGUGUUGUGCUGUGACAACACUGUUGGAAGUGAAAUAUAAUCCCAUAUUCUUUGUUGACACUUCCUGUAUAUCAAUUGGCCUAUUGUAGCCUGAUGGGAUUGCAUGGCAGUAGUCUUACUGUAUUUCUUGUACUUAAUACUGGACUAGAGCUCUUAUUCACUUUACGUUCCAGUGAGGACCUGGUAAAUGUGAGGCUCAGCAGCAGGACUCUGGCAUCUUAUUCAUGUUAAAUGUUCCUUUAUGAUGUAACAGUGUAACUUGGGCUGGAAAUUGUUAAAUGUGUGACAACAGUGGAAGUGGUAUAUAUUGUGUACCCCUUCAGCUUUGGUUUUUUUUUUCUUCUUCUGGAUUUUGUGUGUCUGGUUUUGUUCUGAGUGGAGGCAAGAUUUGGUCACACUGCUUGUAGGACAUGCAUGGAUUUGGUGUGACUGCUUACAGAAUUUAAUCUGACAGCUCAGGGGAUUUGGUCUCACUGCUCAAAAACUGUCUUCACUGCUCAAAGAGUUUUGCCUCUCUGCUCAGAGGAUUUGGUCUGACAGCUUAGAGGAUUUGGCCUGACUGCUCAGAGGAUUUGAUUUGAUCACUCACAGAAUUUUGUCUGAUUCUUCACAGGAUUUGGUCUGACUGCUCAGAGGAUUUGGUCUGUUUGGUCAGAGGAUUUGAUCUGACUGCUCAGAGGAUUUGGUCUGACUGCUCAGAGGAUUUGGUCUGACUGCCCAGAGGAUUUGGUCUGAUUGGUCAGAGGAUUAAGGCCUAGAGAAAGUGGUACAAAAGCCACAGAAGAAAUCAAAAUUACAGAAGAAGAGAAGCCUUUUUUGAUGACAGGUAAUAUAAAUAGAAAAGUUGGGAAAGUGAUCACUGUGCACUAUGGAUGAGUGCACACAAAGUACGAGGGAAGACUGCAGUGUCUUCAAAAAUGCAGAGAAACCAGACAGCGGUCACUGUAAGCUUUCUGUCAAACAGGAAGAUGCCCAUGAUAUCAUCCAUAGGUUAUCAACCUUAUCGUUGACAAAGACCAAAAGUGAAGACACUUGUCCACAUCUAAUCUCACGAGGUCCACAUGGAGGUCGAGCAACUGCUUUUGGGCAGGCUGAAUAUCAAGGCAACUGUGACAGUUUUACAUCCCAGUCUGACAGCACAGAUAAGAAGACUGUAUCAGGGAAGAGGGUCUGCGAGGCUGCAAACGACCAAAGCUACAAGUAUAGGCCUACAGAACCGGUCAUGGAUGAAGACCUCAUCAAAGAAAUUGUUCAUCAGCUUUGUUCCCAGAACUACUUUCCCGAGCACCUUCUGGCCCCACAGGUGCAGAAUGGUGCAAGUCCCUGUGAACAGCCAGCAGUUAAUGACAGUGUAACAUCAAAUGAUGAUUGUCUGUUCUCUGACAUCACACAGGAAGACCCCGUACCUGUUGGUUGUACAAGUGACACUUGGGGUGCUGAAGAGCUCUCAUGUGAUGGCCAAUCAAUGUCAUCGGAUGUUAUGAAUGACAUUUUAUUUAGUGAGUUAGACAACGAGCUACUGGGUAUUGGACACCAAGGAGAAUACUCGACCCAAACAUUGAGAGGCAACACUUAUUGUUCUGAAACUUUUCUACCAAAUACUGCCUUGGGAAAUGCACACACAAAUAUUUUUGUUUGCCGUAAAAGCAGGUCUCUAGAUUCUUUACCCUCAUUGGAGGGAGCCCUGGUGGACUCUGGAGUGAGUUUGGAGUGUCAAGAGACCCCCCCUGUGGACAAUUACCUAUGUUCAGAUGGGAGACUGCCCACUCAUGGCAGGCUCGAGGCUUUCCAAAAAUAUUCUGAUCUGAAAAACAGGAGCAUCUCCCUAGAUCAUUUAACAGCACUGCAGCCAAAUAACAACCCACUCCAAGAUGCCCCGAAAAUCAGCCACAUAUUUAUGGAAGACAUUGAGAAGAGUCCAGCUACAAGUGCUAAAAAAGUGGAAACAGAAUCAUUUGGAAAAACAACAGGGUUAAGUGGCAAUAUAUCAACAACAUGUGCUGAAACAAAUGCGCAAGUGAUAACAACUCGGACAACAUCAAAGUUGGCUAUUGCUCAAAAAUCUUUUAGUGCUCAGCUUCCCUGCCCCUUGAACAGACAGGACAUCUUAGAACGAGAGAAAAGAUGUGAUGUGUACAGCAACAUUGUUAGUGACUGCAAAGUCUCCGGGGCAAGUUCCAGUGAGAGGUGCCUUGGUAAAUCGAGUGUGAAAUUAGACACACCUGUGGAAGAGAACUUUGCUGGCCAGGUGAACUUGAAGCCAUAUAUUGGUGGAAAUGUUCUUGGAAACCCAAAUGUCACAGCAACAGUGGUUGCUCCGAUCAACAAAUCAGGCAUGGCUAUCAGGCCAGACAUAGUUAUCAAAUCAGGUAUGGCUGCUCCUGGAAACCAAAAUAAGAAGUCAGUCAUGGCUGCCCCUGGUAACUCAGUUCAAGCUCUCAUUCUCCCACCACAUUUUUCUUGUCAUUUACCUCAGGCUCGACCUCCAGUAUGUAUCUUCCGCUCACCUCCCAAAAAUUCUUCACGUACCCAAACACCAAAGCUGAUAAAAAUUUUGCCAAAGCCGCCUAAAGCACCCCAGCCAACUGUCACUAAUGGAAAUCUCUGCAGUACCAGUAUUCCCUCAAACCUCUGCUAUAUGCCUCCAAGCUCAUGCAGUAUGCCUUCAAACUCCAGCAGUGUGCCAUCAAACCUCUGCAGUUUGCCCACAAACCCCAGCAGUAUGCCUCCAAACCCUUGUGGUAUGCCUCCAAACCCUUGUGGUAUGCCUCCAAACCUACAGUCCGCUUACAGAACAUUUCAACAACCCAUGAUUGUAGCAAGAGAUAACAAAGACUUACAAACCAACACACAGGUAACUGAUGGUCUGAUAUGGGAUAACAGACAAUCCCACAGCUUAUCUGACUCUUGUCAAAGGGUGACACCUGCAGCACUGAUGGCCCAACAAAUUCAACUACCGCAGAAUCCGCGCAACCAAGGAGAGUUUCCCAUCCCUCGGUGUGCAAAUCCUGAGCCUGUGCAGCUAACAAUAGUUCGUCGCGCAGUGGCUGAACUGAAACUGGAAGAUUUGUUUUGCCAGAACGAGGAUGGUGACACGUACUUGCAUGUGGCUGUGUACCGCACUAACGCUUACAUGCUGAGGGCCCUUCUGGAGCGCAUGGUGAGGGAGGGAAUCAUUAAGAAGAUGAUGAACAUAUGUAACAACCUCCAUCAGACACCCCUGUACAUGGCUGUGGCAGAUAACCAGCCCCUGAUGGUGCGAGAGUUUGUGGAGUUUGGGGCAGAUCCGGACUGUCUGGCACAGUGCCAGUUGAACAAUGGGAUGAGGAAGGAAGUGAAGGCGGCCAUUCACUGUGCAGCUCAGGGAGGUCAGGCUUUCACGGCCACAUUGGCUGAGCUACUCAAGGCCAAGGGCAUCAACCUCAACCUGGCCAAUUCUGAAGGUCUGACAGCAGUUCACUGUGCCAUCCAGGAGCACGGGAAGAUCCGUGGGGGUCAUGUGAUUAACAGUAUCCCCACCGUGGAGAUGCUGCUACGUGCCGGGGCUGAUCCCAACAUACAGGACAAGAAGAGUGGUAAAACACCACUGAUGUAUGCAAUAGAAACCAAGGACUAUAACCUGGUGUUGACUAUGGUGAACUUGAUUGACAAGGACAAGCUGAGGCUGAUGUUGAAAACGCAGACGUUUGACGGUAGCAACUGUGGAAAACUGUGCUCAGGAUUAAAUAUGCUCUCAGAUUUGGAAAAAUGGAAGAAAAUUAAUUCCUUGAUUUUCUCUUCUGGAAGUGGAUAAUAUUUUACCACCCCUUUCAACUGAGAAACAUGAAAUUGGUGAAAUAAAUUGAGGUUCAUUGCCAAAUUAAUGAUGAGAAAUGUCGGACGGAUGGGUUAUAUAAUGGAUUUUAUCAUCAGAACUGUUGUUAAUGAUUUUCUUUUGUUGUUUAGCAUGUGUUACUGUUCAUUUCUCAUGCAUAAAUAAUUUGCUGCCUUUAUGUUGCCUUGGUAUUUACAAGGUCAUCCUUUGUGUUACUGGUUAAUUCGUAUGAAGUAAGGACAGGUAUAAGUGAGGUGGGAGAAUGUUGGUGUUGGUGUCCGGUUAAGCCUUUUUUUCUGCUCCUGUAUAAUGGGUUCUCAUCCAUGGAUUGAAGACUAGGCCUUUCUAAGCUCCCUGGUCUAUGGCAUGGUGUUCAAAUGUACAUACUCAGAUGGAAAGUUAAGCUUUUUUUAGCUUCUGUAUAUUGGGUUCUCAUACAUGGAUUAAAGGUUAAGCUUUCUGUUUGUGUAAAUGUAAAUACUUGAAGGCAAGGUUAAGUUUUUUUUAGCCCCUGUGUAAUGGGAAUUCGUACAUGGAUUGAAGUUAAGAUUUUUUUUUUUUACAGCAAUGGAAAUUAGUUGUUUUUUUUUCCAGUAUUAAUAUCUGAGAGUAAUGUCUGACAAUGUCAUUCUACUUCAUUCUGGUUUAGGGGAGAGUAUUUGUAUUAAUUUGAACAUUAUGCAGUUUUAUCAGUCAAGCCAACAUGGUUCUCUGAAUGCCUUGUUUAAUCACAUUUCAGUACCUGAAAUUACAUGAUAACGCCCUUUGUGUUACUACAUGUAGUUCUUUUACAUACAAGAGAAUGCCCUUUACAUUAUCCAUUUUCAAAAUCACAUAUUUCUACUGACCAAGUUCAUGAUUAGAGCCAUUUUGUUGAGUCCCCCUCGAAAAUUAUGCUCUUUUUUUGCGUGUAUGUUUUGUGUUUGUUUUUU